AUGAGCGGGCUUAUCUCCUCUUUGCUGAUCGAACCCGUCAUUCGUCGGACCCGUCACCUCUCGUCCCAGACGGAUACUAGUACUAGCGGCCAUUCGGGAUCGGAUUCCCCUCCGAGCUCUCAGUGCAGAACAGAACCAUAUCCCCUGUCGGAUGACAAUGGCAGCAGGGAAAUUACCAUGUCGGAUCGGAACCAAGAGUAUAUGGGACUAGGGUGUGGAUAUGCAGGGCCCGGAAAUGACCCCGCCAAUUUACCGACGACGUCAACGCUGGACUCGGGGGCGACUCGAGACGGGCGCAGGGCGGAUACUGCCCCUUCAAGCGAUCUAGGAAAUGGCUCAGAUAAUUUUCAGUCGAUUGGAGACGACCUGGUAUCCCCAGGCUCUGGGCCUGCUCCUUCCGAACGGAGCGCCGAGGCAUUCAUUACGCUAACGCAGACAUCCAACAACCAUGAAAGGAGACGCUCACAAAGCCGUGAGUCUGAUAUGGACGAAUCUGGCUGGCAGUUCGCACUUCCGGAAGAUGAUGGAAUGGGCGUGUUGAGAAGGAAGAUUCACACUAUUCGAGACAUGAAAUCUAGCAGCGCAGAGAAAGCCCGGAUGGUCCACGAGUUGAUGACAGAGAAAUACAACGCUUCGAGGGGGUAUCCUGAUAACCUACACCCGCCAUUACUAGUUUCUUCGAGUUCCCAGACCCCUGAACGAUCCUCGGCUCCUAUAUUCCAUAGGGAAGAGCCAUCGUUCGAUCAUCCGUUAUCCCCGACAGUUGCUCUAGACCAACCGAAUGAUAACCCGUAUAAUCUAACAGAGGAAGACCUGAAGCCAACCUUCUUUCCGAAAGAUGAACCGGAAUCACCUGUGCUUGACGCGGAAGACAUGGACAUCGAGGAGUUCGAAGAAACAGCUAUGCUGGGUUGUCAGCACUAUAAGCGGAAUGUGAAACUUCAGUGUGUUGCUUGCAAGAAAUGGUACACUUGUCGGUUUUGCCAUGACGAUGUUGAGGAUCACCACCUUAUUCGACACAAGACGGAGAACAUGCUAUGCAUGAUCUGUGGACAUGCUCAGCCUGCUGCCCAUAUUUGUGAAAAGUGCGGCGAACAAGCUGCACAAUAUUUUUGCGAGGUUUGUAAGCUGUGGGAUAACAACAGCAAAAAGAGUAUAUACCAUUGCGCGGAUUGUGGCAUUUGUCGUAUAGGCCAAGGAUUGGGCAAGGACUUUUUCCAUUGCAAGACAUGCAGCGUAUGCUUGCCUAUAUCGAUUGAAAACACCCAUCGUUGUAUCGAACGGUCUACUCAAUGUGAUUGUCCCAUCUGCGGAGAUUAUAUGUUCACCUCGCCGGAGACUGUGGUCGUGAUGCGAUGUGGACAUAGUAUUCACCACAGGUGCCUUUCGGACUACUCGAAAAGCUCAUAUCGCUGCCCAAUCUGUAGCAAGACUAUUACGAACAUGGAAUCUACGUUUCGAAAUUUAGAUCGCACCAUAUACAGUCAGCCCAUGCCAGAAGAGUUCAAGGAUACGAGGGCUCUAGUCUACUGUAAUGACUGUGGAGCAAAGUCCGUCGUGGAAUACCAUUGGCUGGGACUCAAAUGCGAUAUGUGCGAGUCAUAUAACACAGCCCAGCUCCGACUUUUACAUGGUAACCUUCUCGAGUCUCCGGAACAGGACCUUGAAAGCAGACAUGUUUCGGCUUCUAGAGCGAGGUCAUCGUCCCAUGGCGCAGAGGAAGCCUUGUCGCAAACAAUGGCACCGCUACGGAUUAAUACCAACUCCGUGCAGGGAACGAGCUUUCCACAGCAAAGUCUACCUUCGUCUGCCGACCCAAGUGGCCGGUUUUUGUCAUAUAGCCUUACUCGUGAUCGCGCUGUGUCUCCUGUGAUCAGCAAUUAUUUUGGCUUACCGCCCAACCGUGAAAAUGACGACAAAUCGAUAUCAACGUCUCUUUUUGGGAGCCGGACACAAACAGACACCGGAAAUGACCAUGGCGGCGAGCUCCGCAUAUGGGGAACUAAACUCAAAUACAGCUAUGGUUUCCUCAGUCGAGAAACAGAAUCGGUCGAUGGUGAAGAAGCCGUGGAGUCGUCAGAUGCGAGUGUAUCAGAGGAUGAUGAAGACGACGAGGAGCGAGAGGAGGAGGAUGACGAUGACGACGACGAUAGUAUUGAUAUUUUCGGACAUCGAUGA